AUGGCGCCUCUGACGAACGCAACCCGCGUGUGCCUGCGGGCCAGCAAGGCCACGGCCGUCCGCGCCGCCGCCCUCAGCACGACCGCAGCGACCCGAGGCGACUCGGCGGCCGCCUACACGCAGUACAGCAGCCCCUUCAAGCAGGGCGGCUCCAAGGCCAGCAAGAUCCCCGACUUUGGCAAAUACGUCUCCAAGAACGCCGCGGACUCCAACAAGCUCGUCUCCUACUUCAUGGUCGGCGCCAUGGGCGCCAUCACCGCCGCCGGCGCCAAGAGUACCGUCCAGGAAUUCCUGGUCAACAUGUCCGCCUCCGCCGAUGUCCUGGCCAUGGCCAAGGUCGAGGUCGACAUGAACAACAUCCCCGAGGGCAAGAACGUCAUCAUCAAGUGGCGAGGAAAGCCCAUCUUCAUCCGCCACCGCACCCAGGAGGAGAUCAACGAGGCCAACAAGGUCAACGUCGCCUCGCUCCGAGACCCCGAAACCGACGACCAGCGUGUCAAGAACCCCGAGUGGCUGGUCAUGCUGGGUGUCUGCACCCAUCUUGGUUGUGUCCCCAUUGGCGAGGCCGGCGACUACGGCGGCUGGUUCUGCCCCUGCCACGGUUCUCACUACGACAUCUCCGGCCGUAUAAGAAAGGGACCCGCCCCUCUGAACCUCGAAGUCCCUCCCUACGAUUUCCCCGAGGAGGGCAAGCUGGUUAUCGGUUAA